GGUACGACACAGGUAAAGACGGCUUCAUCGACCUGAUGGAGCUGAAGCUGAUGAUGGAGAAACUCGGAGCUCCUCAGACUCACCUGGGUCUGAAGAACAUGAUCAAAGAGGUCGACGAAGACUUCGACGGGAAGCUGAGCUUCAGGGAGUUCCUGCUGAUCUUCAGGCGAGCGGCGGCCGGAGAGCUGCAGGAGGAGAGUGGCCUGAUGGCUCUGGCUCGUCUGUCAGAGAUCAACGUCUCCACAGAGGGAGUGAUGGGAGCCAAAGACUUCUUUGAAGCAAAGAUGAAGGUUGCAGCUGCAGGCAGUAUGUUUGAGGCGGAGAUCCGAGAGGAGAAAGAAGAACAAAAGAGACAGGAAGUGGAGAAGAAACAAAGACAAGCUGCAUUCAAGCAGCUGCAGUCAACCUUCUGCUCGUGACCUGACACCAGAGUCCAAGUCCUGCCCUGACCUGCACAGUCAGUGUUAGAGAGACCAGAACUCAAGUCCCGCCCUGACCUGCACAGUCAGUGUUAGAGAGGUUUAGCUUCACUUUUUUUAACCCCUGAAAUCACUCCCAGUGCAGCACUUUAUAACCAGAGAUUAUAGAAUACAGCACAUGUACGGUUCAUUCAUUCCAGAUGUUCUGCAGCUGCUGCACAGAAAACAAAACACACCUUUAAAUAUGCAGUGUUUCAAAUUCAUAAAAGUAUCAUCGAUUUAUUCUGUUCUAUUCUUUUUGUUUCUCUAAAAGAGUUUUCAGCACAAGGGAAACGUCUCGUGACGUGAACUUUUAGUCGGAUAUUUGUGAAGCUUUUUGAACAUUCUGUGUCGCUUUGUUUGAUUCUCACCUCGUUACAGUGAUCUCAACAUGAGCGUCUUCUCUGCUACCUGCAAUGUGAUGAGAUAUUGUAAAAUAAGAAAACAGCAUGAAGAGCUGUUGUAAUAUUUACAAUAUAAAGUACUUAUAUGACUCGAUGUUCAAGUCUCAUGUAGUUCAGCAGCUUCAGAUUUAAAGAGUCUGCUGCAGCCUCAGAUUUAAAGAGUCUGCAGCAGCUUCAGAUUUAAACAGUCUGCAGCACAUUCAGAUUUUAAGAUUCUGCAGCAGCUUCAGAUGUAUAGAGUCUGCAGCAGCUUCAGAUUUAAAGAGUCUGCAGCAGCCUCAGAUGUAUAGAGUCUGUAGCAGCUUCAGAUCUAAAGAGUCUGCUGCAGCCUCAGAUUUAAAGAGUCUGCAGGAGCUUCAGAUUUAAAGAGUCUGCAGCAGCCUCAGAUUUAAACAGUCUGCAGCACAUUCAGAUUUUAAGAUUCUGCAGCAGCUUCAGAUUUAAAGAGUCUGCAGGAGCUUCAGAUUUAAAGAGUCUGCAGCAGCCUCAGAUUUAAAGAGU